AUGCCGCGCAGGGCGGAGAGGUGCCUGCAGAUCGCCCCGCACUCCCUGGCCAUCGUCCUGGACGCCGCGGCCGGGGGGCGGCCCGGGGGCGACGGUGCCGACGGUGCCUGCGCGGGGCCGGCGGCGGAGCUGGGCCGCCACCGCAUCGGCUACGAGAUCUUCGCGGACUUCAAGCGGGAGAACAUGCAGCACUUCUGGGACCGGAGGGCCACGGCGGCGGUGGCCGAGACCUUCUUCCUGGGCUGGAUCGAUGAGCAGGUGCUGCUGGUGCAGGGCAAGGAGGAGCACCUGGAGGUGCUGCGGCAGGGCUGGGCGCGCCGCUCCCUCAAGCCCCCCAGCGGCUUCCACAUCAAGUGCCUGGCAGUUGGACUGGCAGCAAAGCACGUGAAAUCAUACCGAGUCCAGAAAACAGAGACAGACCACAAGACUGGAGGAAGAGAAGUGGGCAAGCAGACGGAAGCCGGUGUCAAGACAGCAGACAUCCCUUCGUUCUACGUGCAAAAGAGACUUUGGGACUUGAGUUUUCUUUGGGGCUUGGGUGGUGUUGCAUUUUUAGGGAUUCCCAGGGAAAAGAGGGCAUUGGAAAUGAAAGAACUAUCCUUGUGCCUCAUUCUCUCCUUGGUUGCCUUGAGCAGUACGGCAGUUUUGCCCGCGGCUCAACCAAAAGAGAAUGUUUGGGAAACUCUAGGCAAUGCAUCAGGUUUGAACACCAUCUGCCUGACACACUCAAAGCCAGGGAAAACCUUUUUCAACAUGUUUGGUGGAGUUGCCAGUGAGCAAAUGACCGAUUCCUGAAAACAUCCCUCCAGUGAUUUCAAAGUCCAUUGUAAAUUCAGUGGACCAAUGGGGUGUUUGGAUGAAAUUCCUUCCUGUGGCUCCUUUUGAACCCCAGGAACUGGAAAUUCUUGGGUCAGUCCAAAUGCAAUUCUGUGUGAAAUUUGGCCUUUCCGGAGUGACAAAAAAUAAAGCUACAGACGUCACUCCAGACAUCAAUUUUUACAGAAAUUCAUCAUCUUGGUGUAAUUACACUAAGAUGCUGAAGAAACCAUCCAAUCAUGUUCCAGCUCAGUUGCCGAGGGGAAAUUUUUUCAUUUGUGGGGACAAAAUCUGGCCCACAAUCCUAGCAAAUGCCACAGGUGAUCCAUGCAGCAGUGGAAUGCUUUCAUUGCUAACACCCGACAUGGCAUUGAUGAGAAAACUAAAACAGAGAGGGAAAAGAUCGAGUUCAAAUGUAUGAUCCAAGUUGUGGUGAUGAGGUUCACAUAUGGAGCAAGGCUCAGAGAAUUGCAGUUGCAAUUUUUGCACCACAGGCAGCAUCAGGAGCAGCCUUGACACAAUUAGAUCAAGUGGGUUGUUAGCUGAGCAAACAUGCCUGAGCCAUCUCUCUUGCACUGAGUGACAUGUUGUUAGACAUUGACAGUGUAAGACGAGCAAGUCUCCAAAACAGAGCAGCGACUGAUGAUCUUUUGCUGACCCAUGGGCAUGGGUGCGAGGAAUUUGAGGGAAUGUGCUGCAUGAAUUUUUCAGAUCAUUCCAAAUUCAUUCAUGAGAACAUCAGGCAAUUGCAGGAGAAUGUGAACAAACUUGAAGAAGCAACUGAGUCAUGGAUGGAUAGAGUUUUCAAUUUGUUUAACCUUUCACCAUUGUGGAAGGAAAUUUUGAAGAUAGUUAUAUAUAUUUUAGUAGGGCUUGUAAUCCUUCUCAUGAUUUUGCCGUGUUUGUUUCCAUGCAUACGGCAAACCAUGGACAGAAUGGCCAAGGAGGUGUUCUUGGUUCAAACAGGAGGGGGAGAUGUUAGAGUCCAGGGCAUUCCUUUGGUUGCCCUGGAGGGUCAGGGACCUGGGCAGGGGGGUCUGGGACCCCAGCCUAGAGCCCAGAGCUCAGAGAGACACUGGAUUUGAUUUCAGUCCAUGGGAGAGGCUUCUUGCACUGCAGGAAGCAUUGCAGGCCACAAGAGUGUAAAAAUAGUAGUUUAGUAUAUCACAGGGUGAAAAAACAGUGAGUUUGGGAUUCUUGGCAUUGAAGUGAAUGGGGCAAGAUGGAGAAUUUAGGGCGUUGUCCCUUUCUUCUUCCUUCUUGUUCCCUCACUCCAUUUCUGCAGUGACGUUGGCACAAAGUAGUUAGUGAGGAUUAGGUCAGAGUAAAGAUGACCUUUUUAGUAAUAGUGAUAGACAUUGGUAAGAAAUAGUAAAUAAAGAAUACGUAGCAAUUAGUAUAAAAGAUAAGGACAACCCAGAGACGGGGGGAGUCACCAGAUGUCCGAGCCGCGGCAAACAUCUUUUGGACACUGAGAAAAUUGUAAGAUAAGAACUAAUAAACAAAGCAUGUAACCUUGAAGACUCCGUCUUUUCCUGCGUUUGGCACAGAGCUUUGCAGAGGGCCAGAACUCUAAG